GAGGAAGACGGGAGGCGGUCGCUGACAAGAUGGCGGCUCCCAGGGAGGCGUGAAAAGAGACUCCGGUGCCCUAUCCCGCGUUCGCUCACCGAUUUUCCCCGACGGUUCACUGUUUUUGAAUUGCCCUCACCCGGGUGCUUCUCGGCUUCGCUCUAUUUAGCCGUUUUUCCCCUCAGAUCCGCCCGGUUCAGGGAGAUAAGCGGUGGCGGCGGGGGUGGAGCCUUCACUUUUCUCCUCCAUCACCGGCGGACUAGCCGCUUCCUCGGUUCCGGCGCUCCCCUCUCUUCACAUAACUACUUCCCCCCUCCCGGAUUUUUGGCGCCGCCGCGGCCCGUGUCCCCUCCCCCUGUCAGGUUGGUGUCGGUGUGUUGUCGCCCCGCUCGCCGCCAUCUUUGAUUCUCCCUUUAUUGGUUUGUUUGGACGGCACAAGAUGGCGGCUCCCAUGGACUCCCUCAGCUCCGCGUCUCCCGGGCGGCUUUGAGAGAAAAGAGCGGAUCGGAGAGGACAGAGAAGAAGGCGGAUCGUCUGAGCGGAGCGGGGGGCAGUCGGGGCUCCACAAGCCGGAGUGAGGGGCGGGAAGGACUCAACAGGCGGCUUGUUUUCUCUCUCCGGCCGCCGUCAUAAAAUGGCGGCUCCCAUGGAGGGAUCAGCGCCUCAGUGAGAGCCGGCUAGGCCGCAGCCCGCCUUCCUCCUUUUAUCACCCCACAGCUUUUAUUAUUAUCCAGCCCGGAGGCCUCUGAUCCCCCUUCACCUCCUUCACACUAUCCACCCACAAAACUCAAUCCUACACCCCGUCAGCAUGGCUUCCUCCCCGGCCGUCACUCCCGCCUCCGCCGCCCUGCAGCCCCGCUGGAAGCGAGUGGUGGGCUGGUCGGGCCCGGUCCCUAGGCCCCGGCAUGGACACCGGGCUGUCGCCAUCAAGGAGCUGAUCGUGGUGUUCGGUGGAGGCAACGAAGGCAUCGUGGACGAGCUUCAUGUCUACAACACCGCUACAAACCAGUGGUUCAUUCCAGCAGUCAGAGGAGACAUUCCUCCAGGUUGUGCCGCUUAUGGAUUUGUCUGUGAUGGGACUCGGCUACUUGUCUUUGGAGGAAUGGUGGAAUAUGGCAAAUACAGCAAUGAUCUAUAUGAGCUACAGGCUAGCAGAUGGGAAUGGAAGAGGUUGAAAGCCAAAGCACCAAAAAAUGGUCCACCUCCAUGUCCUCGACUAGGACAUAGCUUUUCAUUGGUUGGAAGCAAAUGCUACCUGUUUGGUGGAUUGGCUAAUGACAGCGAGGACCCAAAGAACAAUAUUCCCAGGUACCUUAAUGAUCUCUACAUCUUGGAGUUGCGUCCUGGUUCUGGGGUUGUAUCCUGGGACAUACCCAUAACUUAUGGUAUAUUGCCCCCACCUCGGGAGUCGCACACUGCUGUGGUAUACACAGAAAAAGAAUCCAAGAAGUCUCGAUUGGUGAUCUAUGGCGGUAUGAGUGGAUGCCGACUUGGGGAUCUCUGGAUUUUAGAUAUAGACACGCUGACCUGGAGUAAGCCUAGUCUGAGUGGUGCUGCACCUCUUCCCAGAAGUCUUCAUUCUGCCACAACCAUAAGCAACAAAAUGUAUGUCUUUGGAGGCUGGGUUCCCUUGGUAAUGGAUGAUGUUAAAGUAGCCACCCACGAGAAGGAAUGGAAAUGUACAAACACCCUGGCUUGUCUUAACCUUGACUCCAUGGCUUGGGAACAUAUUGUCAUGGAUACCCUGGAAGAUAAUAUUCCACGGGCUCGUGCUGGCCACUGUGCUGUGGCAAUCAAUACACGUUUGUACAUAUGGAGUGGUCGCGAUGGCUACCGAAAGGCCUGGAACAACCAAGUGUGCUGCAAGGACCUGUGGUACCUGGAAACAGAAAAACCGCCAGCACCUGCCCGUGUUCAGCUAGUCAGAGCAAAUACCAAUUCUUUGGAGGUGAGCUGGGGAUCGUGUUCCACCGCAGACAGUUAUUUGUUGCAACUUCAGAAGUAUGAUAUACCCGCUGCUGCAGCAGCCAUGUCUCCAGCCAAUCCUGUUCCGUCUGUGCCAGUGAAUCCGCCCAAGAGCCCAGCUCCUGCAGCAGCUGCUCCUGCAGUCCACCCUGUUGCCCACACAGGCAUCACCCUGGUACCACAGGCAGCUUCUAUGCCUCCAACAACUAUACAGGUCUUGCCUUCAAUCCCUGGGAGUCCAAUUGCAGUUUCUGCUGCUCAACGUCCACAGACUGUCCCAACUCUCCUGAAAGUUCAAGCACCUCAGUCCACAGUAGGCUCGCAAAUGGUUACUGUUCGGCCAGCUACACAAAUUGGAAAAUCUCCAGUUACUGUUACCUCGCUUCCUCCUGGUGUGCGCAUGGUAAUGCCUGCCCAAAGCACUCAAGGCACUGCUAUUGGCAGCAGUCAGCCAAUGAGUGGCAUGGCUGCUCUUGCUGCAGCUGCUGCUGCUACACAGAAGAUCCCUCCUUCCUCUGCACCCACAGUACUGAGUAUGCCUGCUGGAGCCAGCUUGGUGAAAUCUGUUGCCAUGUCAUCCGCUACCACUCUUCCCACAUCUAUGAAAGUGGCAACCUCUCCAAUAAUGGUCAGUAACCCAGCCACACGCAUGCUGAAAACUGCUGCAGCACAAGUGGGCACUUCAGUGUCUUCUGCCAACACACCUAAUCGUCCUAUUAUCACUGUGCAUAAAUCUGGAACUGUCACCGUUGCCCAACAAGCCCAGGUUGUAACCACAGUAGUUGGAGGCGUCACCAAGACCAUCACACUGGUGAAAAGUCCAAUUUCUGUCCCUGGUGGAGGCCAUUUGAUUUCAAAUCUUGGUAAAAUGAUGUCUGUCGUACAGACUAAGCCAGUGCAGACAUCUGCAAUAACAGGACAAGCUUCUUCGGGGCCCCUAACACAGAUCCUACAGACCAAGGGACCUCUUCCUGCUGGAACAAUACUGAAGUUGGUGACUUCAGCAGAUGGUAAACCCACAACUAUAAUCACCACAACGCAGGCUGGAGGCACGGGAACCAAGCCUACUAUUCUAGGCAUCAGCAGCGUGUCUCCAAAUACCACCAAGCCUGGGACCACCACCAUUAUCAAAACUAUCCCUAUGUCUGCCAUCAUAACUCAGGCAGGGGCUACAGCAGGUGUUACAAGUACCGCAGGGAUGAAGUCACCAAUUACUAUCUUCACAACUAAAAUGGUAACGUCGGGCACUGGAACACCAGCCAAAAUAAUAACUGCGGUUCCCAAGCUCUCAGGUCAUCAUCAUCAUGGUCAGCAGGGGUUAACCCAGGUGGUGCUAAAAGGUGCUCCUGGCCAACCUGGCACAAUACUCCGAACUGUUCCCAUGGGUGGGAUGAGACUAGUCACUCCUGUGACCGUUUCUUCUGUUAAACCAACUGUCACUACUCUCGUGGUGAAAGGGACCACAGGAGUGACCACUCUUGGCACAGUCACUGGUACAGUUUCCACAAGUCUUGCAGGAGCUGGCGUACACAACACGGCUUCACUUGCUACUCCAAUUAAUACCUUGGGUACCAUAGCCACCCUCUCUAGUCAAGUGAUCAAUCCUGGUGCCAUUACCAUGUCUGCCGCACAAACCUCUCUUACUGCUGCUUCAGGACUGAGCACUCCCACAAUUACUAUGCAGCCAAUAUCGCAGCCUACACAAGUGACGUUAAUCACAACUCCCAGUGGUGUGGAGGCUCAGCCAGUCCAUGACCUUCCUGUCUCCAUUUUGGCUUCACCAACUUCAGAUCAACCCACAGCAACUGUUACUAUAGCCGAUUCUGGCCAAGGAGAGCAGCCUCCGGGAACAGUAACCCUUGUAUGUUCCAAUCCUCCUUGUGAGACUCACGAGACAGGAACCACAAAUACACCCACCACCACCCUUGUGAAUCUUGUUCAGCAGCCUGGAGGAACGCUUCAGUUUGUGUGCGAAGGACAGGAGCCUGGAACCUUUGUAACCACAGCCUUGGGUCAGGCGAAUGGUAAUGUGGUCAGAGUUUGCUCUAACCCUCCAUGCGAGACUCACGAGACUGGAACUACACAGACUGCAACGACUGCAAUGUCAAAUAUUGGUCAGAAUGGUUCCAUAACAAGAGUUUGCUCAAACCCUCCCUGUGAGACCCACGAAACUGGAACUACACAGACAUCAACCACCGCAAAGUCAAAUAUUAGUAGUGAGCAGACCGGAAAUGUAUGUUCUAAUCCACCAUGUGAGACGCACGAUACCGGCACAACUCCAACUUGCACCACAGCCAGAGGUAACCUUGCCAAUGAGCAACAGGAGAACGUGCAAAGGCCAGGAAAUCCACCCUGUGAAACAUUACAAACUAUAUCCACACAUACAGUUAUGUCUGUGCCUGGCAUUACCAGCGGGAAAUCUGAAAAGGUACCACAGGUUUGUAGCAAUCCACCCUGUGAAAUGCACGAAACUUCCACAACCAAUACGCCAACUGUGGCGACAUCUAAUCUUGCAACAGACCAGCCAGGCAGUGCUGCGCAGGUGUGCCCUAAUACCCAGUCUGAAACUCGUGAGAAUCGUGAUACUAGUACUACCAACACGCCCACCACUGCAAGACAAAAUGUACCAUGUGAGACCCAUCAAACAGUCUCUACAAAAACUACCAUGUCCCUAAAUACAGAGUUUAGCUCCGAUUCAAAACGCCUUUUAGAGGUAGAUGGUAAUUCUGGAAGUUGCAAGAAAAUCAAACCAUCCAGCCCUGAAGAAACACAGUCGGCGUGCAAUAAAAGUCCCUUUGAAAUCACUGGCACUACUCAAACGGCAACUACAGCCAGGUCCAAUAUCCACUGUGGUCCAUCCGAGAAUGGACAGAGAUCUGAAGGUGACUCUUGUGAGACCCAUCAAGCAAGUUCCACUCAGACUACCAUGUCUGUGUCAGAAGACAAUCAGGUUGUAAAUCCGCCAUGUUCUAACCCACCAUGUGAGACUCAUGAAACUGGUACAACCAACACUGCAACUACAAGUAGUUCAAAUAUCGCAGCACAGCAGGGUGAAAGUUCCCAGCAGUCCUCCAGUGAAGCUGGCCAGACAUCUACAACACCCAACACUUUAGAGCAGCGGGUGUGUUCCAACCCACCUUGUGAAACUCAUGAGACCCAUACUACCAAUACAGCAACCACGUCUUCAUCUAACAUGGGAGGUAAUCAACCUCCCGCACAACAAGUCUGUUCAAACCCACCAUGUGAAACCCACGAAACGGGAACUACCCACACAGCAACCACCGUCACAGCCAACAUGGGGGAUAAUCAAGAACCGCCAGCUGCGAAUGGCCAAGGAGAGCAGGAGACCGCCCCCACAGAGGACGCCGCCUCAGGCAACAAUGCUGAUUCUGCAGCUGCUGCAUCUCCAGUGACUAUUGUAGCCGUGGCAGCUUCAUCCUCAUCUCCGGCACAUACGGCGCAGCCUAUCGUUCCUAGGGCCGUAACUACUGUGACUCAGUCCACUCAUCUGCCUGGACCUUCUGUUCCGAAUAUUUCAUCUAUGACUGAACCAGCCCCAGAGGAUGCAGCACAGAGUUCAGAGGCUGUCCCCUGCAAUGAACAAGCCGGAGCUCACUUGUCAAAUAUGCUCCAGCCUCCUGAAAGUGCUCAGGCUGAGCCUGAAGCACAACCUAUGGACACUGCAGUGCCGGCACAUACUGAAGCACAGCUACAAGCAGCAAUGGAAGCCAACCAGGUUCAAGAGGCAGCUGCUGCUGCUGAGCAGCAAGGAGUGGAACAGCUUUCCCUUCCCCAAGAACUUAUGGCAGAGGGUCAGGCAACCACCCUAAUGGUCACAGGGUUAACGCCUGAAGAAUUGGCAGUAACUGCCGCAGCCGAGGCCGCUGCACAAGCUGCUGCCACAGAAGAAGCCCAGGCAUUGGCUAUACAAGCAGUUUUACAAGCUGCACAGCAGGCAGUGAUGGGUUUCCAAUUAGCAGCUGGCGAGCCAAUGGAUACCUCCGAUAUGGCUCAUGCUGAGCUUCGUCACCUGACCACUGAAGGCCCCGCCACAGCAAUACCAAUAGUUCUCACCCAGCAGGAACUGGCAGCUCUGGUUCAACAGCAGCAGCAACUGCAAGAAGCGCAGCAUCAGCAACAUUUACAGCAGCAGCUUCAGCACCAGCAUCAACUUCAUCAACAGCAGUUACAGCAACUUCAACAACUGCAGCAGCUCCACCAUGUGCCUACAGAAGCCCUUGCACCCGCUGACAGCCUCAAUGAUCCUGCCAGUGAAAGUAAUGGACUCAAUGAGUUAACAAAUGCAGUGACUAGUUCAGUGGCUCUGUUACCUUCUACAGCCACAGAUAGUUUGGCUCCAAUCAAUACCUUCACAACACCUCAGCCAGUGGUACUCGCCAGUCCGGCUAAAUUACAGGCUGCAGCAGCCCUUGCUGAAGUAGCAAACGGCAUUGAAUCGAAACCGGACUUGCCCCCUCAGCAGCCCAAGGCCCCGCUGAAGAAAGAGAAUCAAUGGUUUGAUGUCGGUGUAAUAAAGGCUACAAACAUGAUGGUGACCCAUUACUACUUGCCUGCUGACGACACUACCAAUGAUGAUGACUCCGGUGUCCUACCAGAUUACAGCCAAUUAAAGAAGCAUGAACUACAGCCAGGCACUGCCUAUAAAUUCCGUGUAGCAGGAAUUAAUGCUUGUGGUCGUGGACCCUUCAGUGAAAUCUCUGCCUUCAAGACCUGUCUACCUGGUUUCCCAGGUGCACCGUGUGCCAUAAAGAUCAGCAAGAGUCCCGAUGGUGCUCACCUGACAUGGGAACCUCCCUCUGUCACAUCCGGGAAGAUCAUAGAAUAUUCUGUUUACUUGGCUAUCCAAAGCAGUACGAGUGGUGAACAGAAAGCCACAACACCUGCUCAGCUGGCUUUCAUGCGGGUAUACUGUGGCCCAAAUCCUUCCUGUCUGGUACAGACCUCUAGCCUGUCCAAUGCUCACAUAGACUACACCACAAAACCUGCAAUCAUCUUCCGGAUUGCUGCCCGUAAUGAGAAGGGCUAUGGACCCGCAACACAAGUCAGGUGGUUGCAAGAAUCCAGCAAAGAUGGUACAGUUGGCAAGCCUGGAAGUAAGCGCCCCGUAUCCUCACCAGACAUGAAAACUGCUCCAAAGAAGGCAAAGCCUGACCACCCCUGAUUACAGAAGCUCCUGCACAGCCUUGAAGUACAGCUAUCUCCUUGAACUUCCUCAAAAUCCUCCCAUAUCCCUAAUCGACUUUUUUUAUCGCUUUGCCCACCACCAUUUGCUUGGGGUUCGAUGAAUUGGUCUUUUUUUUUUUUUUUUUUUCACCGCCUCCUUUUAUUUUGAAGAACAUUGUGAAAAGCACAUUUUACACCUUCCACCCUUCCCCCGCACACAUUUAUGGGAGAGUUGAAUCUCUUCCAAUAAUCCUGAUUUAUUUGCUUCUGUCUUUCUGUGUGGGGGGGAGUAUUUCAGGAGCCUCUGGGGUAUGCUGAACAAUACGGAUUCUCAGUUGACAAGCAGACAGGCCUGCAAACUCAAGCUUUGUAAAUGAACUGCGUAGAAGAUUCGUCCAGGUCUUUUUUUUGCUUGUUUGGCAUUUGUUUUUUCCUUUUUUAAAAGAUGAGGGAGAGUUUUUCGGGGGGGGGGGGGGGGGGGGAAGAACUAAUUUUUGUUUUGACAACAGAAGCACUUGGACAUUAUCUGCGGUGUAAAGGUUUUAAGACUUAAAGCAAUGGGAUGUUGUAAAAAAAAAAAAUAUACAUAUAUAUUUACACUCUUCGCAGCUCCAUCCUGAUGCUCGUUUUGAAGCAAAUCUCUUCUGGACAGCAUAGCUGCACUGGAGAUGGGCAUUGCCACAUCCAGAUGGGAUUCUAGGACUGACUUGGCCAACCACCUGCUGUUUAUGUUCAGUGGUGCAGAUAUUUCCACGCUGUUUUGGGGGUGGGGGGGGGCGGAGUAACCAGGGCUAGUGAGUGGCUCAGUGAUACAUCAGAUGGCUUAAUAUUUGUUUAUUUCCAGCAUGGCUUUGCCAGGUCUUGGCUGGAUGUGUGGUGAUUCGUUUCCCAUUGUGGAACUUUUUCACAAUGUAACAAUGGAUCUUGGAAAGCAAACUCGGUUCAAGAGCACCGUCAAAAAAAUUUCACAUUUUAUAUAUUAUAUAUAUAUAUUGCAACAGAGUUUUUUUUUUUUUUUUUUUUUUUUUUUUUGAAUGGAUCUUUCAAUUUUUUUUUUUUCAUUUGUACAUCUAAUUUUAUUUAGUUUGUCCUGUUUCUUUUGAGAGGACUUUUGAAGGUGAAUGAACUCCCUACCAAUCUUGUUCUAAGCUAAAGAGCCUCACAGCUAACCCCUUUUCCUUUAGGCGGGUGAUGCAAAGUUCAGUAGCCUUGCCUAUUUGCUUAGGUGACAUCAUGUGGCAUUGCAAACCUUCCUGCCAAUGAAAUGCUUUUAUAUUCUAAACUCUGCUUAUGUUUCUUUUUAAGGAUGUUUCCCCCUUACUUUUUGAUUUUUUUUUUCUGGCUGACUUCCAAAGCAAUAUAUAGAUAUAAAGCAGCACACGUUGCUUUACGGCGUGCUGUCCUAAAUUUUCACUGCUCUCAGCAGUGUACGUUGAACCAAUUAAAACACCCGCUUCAUUCGAAUCAACUUGGCGCGUUGAAAACCCUCCCGGCCAAUGAUUUCUUUAACAGAGGUCACCAAACCACUUAUUUUUUAUUUUUUUUCUCUCAUUCUCCCGCCGAACAUAACCAGCGCCCAUUCUUGCUGGCCCACAGGGCAGGAACACCAUGCGUCUGCAUUGGCUAUUUCUAUUCAGUUCAUAUACAGAAGUAUAAAUAUACAUAUAUAAAUAUAUACAAGCAGUUGAAGCUGUUUCAUAACAGAUUUCAGAAACUGUUCAUUUUUUUUUUGUAAAAACUGAAAAAAAUUUAUAAGAAAAAAAAAAAGCGAAAAGGCAAAAAAAAAAAUCUGCAGUAGCUUAAAGCAUGAGGAUUUUUUUGUACAAAAGCAAAACCAGUAAAAAAAAAACAACUUGUUUAAAUCACAUAGGAUUUACAUUAUCUCAAGUAAUGUUUAAUUUUAAUGCAGCCCAUCCUUGUGUUUGUACAUAUAUAUAAAUAUACACAUAUAUACUUUUUGCUCUGUAUUUUUAUUAUCUCUAGCUGGUUCCAAAUGUUUUUUUUUUCUGGUUCCUCACUCAUGGAGCAACAUUGGUUUCUUGUACAGAAGUUGCAAACGAGAAGUCUGCCCGCUCUGUUUUGUUUCCUCACCCCCCCCCCCCCCCCCUCUCUCUCUCACUUUGUAAUAGGGGUCUUCCAUGUCUGAUGGCUUUGACUGCAGAGUACAGCAAGGGUUCCUAAUAUCCUUCUGUCAUGAGAACAUGGAGCACCUGAAUAGUAUUGGAGGCAGCAUGUUUGAGGCAAUCAAGGAGGGAAGAAUGCACAGUUAUGAAAGGUUUCUGACAAUUCUAUGAAUUGCCAGCUUACUUUGUUCCGAGACUGAGUGUUUUCAAAAUUAAAUGUAACUAGCAUCCUAUUUUAUGGGCAGCAAAGGCAGCAGUGUAAUCUGACGUCUAACAUCGAAGUAGUAGUUUUAUGGUGGGAGUCAGGUCUUCAGAAUAAUGUAGGGUUUUUUUUUGUUUGUUUUUUUUCCUUUUUACUAUCUCCCCCCUCCCCUUUUUCCUUUUUAUCCUUUUUUCUUUCUUUUUUUUUUUUUUUUAACUGAGAUUAUCUUAACCUAGUUUUUUGGCCUCAUGAAGAAAUUGCAGCAUUUGUUUAAACUGCUUUAUUUUUUCUCCCUAAUUGCCAGUUUGAGAGGGUGGCAAGAGUAGAGAGGGCACCCGCCGCUCCCGCAUAAAAUGACUGCUGCCGCUUCUCAUUUUGUAUUAUAGUGUUACUGUGUUGCCGCCUAGAAUCUCCUGCUAAAAAAACAAAAACACAAAAAGAAAAAAAAAAAACCUCACCUGCCUUUUUUUCUUUGUGAAGAAAAGCUAUUACUUCCAUUGUAGAGGAGUUCUCGAAGUGAACCAAUAUUACUAUAGUGCUAUCUGUCGUUUUUGUGCUAUUUUGAACAAUUAAAGACCUUUUUUGAA